CGCGCGGGGCGGGCGAGGGGCGGAGGCCUGCGGACCGGCGCUCCAAGGCUCCCAGUGCUCGCUGCGCCCUCGCCCCGCGGCCCUCGCUGCGCGCCACCAUGCCCUCCUACACCGUCACCGUGGCCACCGGCAGCCAGUUGUUCGCGGGCACCGACGACUACAUCUACCUCAGCCUCGUGGGCUCCGCGGGCUGCAGCGAGAAGCACCUGCUGGACAAGCCCUUCUACAACGACUUCGAGCGCGGCGCGGUUGAUUCUUACAAUGUGAUAGUUGAUGAUGAACUGGGCGACAUCCAGCUUAUCAGAAUCGAGAAGCGCAAGUACUGGUUCCAUGACGACUGGUACCUGAAGUACAUCACGCUGAAGACACCCUGCGGGGAUUACAUUGAGUUCCCCUGCUACCGCUGGAUCUCAGGCGAGAGAGAGAUUGUCCUGAGAGAUGGACGAGCAAAGUUGGCCUGUGAUGACCAAAGUCACAUUCUCAAGCAGCACAGACGUAAAGAACUGGAAACACGGCAAAAACAGUAUCGAUGGAUGGAGUGGACCCCUGGCUUCCCCUUGAGUAUCGAUGCCAAAUGCCACAAGGAUUUACCCCGAGAUAUCCAGUUCGAUAGUGAGAAGGGAGUAGACUUUGUUCUGAACUACUGCAAAGCGAUGGAGAACCUGUUCAUCAACCACUUCAUGCACAUGUUCCAGUCUUCCUGGAGCGACUUCUCUGACUUUGAGAAAAUCUUCUGCAGGAUCAGCAACACUAUUUCUGAGCAGGUUAUGAAGCACUGGCAAGAAGACGUAAUGUUUGGCUACCAGUUCCUCAACGGCUGCAACCCUGUGUUGAUCCAGCGCUGCACGAAGCUGCCAGAGAAUCUCCCGGUUACCACAGAGAUGGUGGAGUGCAGCCUGGAGCGGCAGCUCACCUUGGAGCAGGAGGUUGAGCUAGGGAACAUCUUCAUCGUGGACUUUAAGCUGUUGGAUGGCAUCGAUGUCAACAAAACAGACCCCUGCACUCUGCAGUUUCUGGCUGCGCCCAUCUGCUUGCUGUACAAGAAUCUGGCCAACAAGAUUGUCCCCAUUGCCAUCCAGGUAGGCUGA